UAAAUGCACUAACCAUAAACCUACAUUAACUACAUUCCUCCAAACACAAACUUAAAUAAAUUUCCAACCAGUUUGGUCCCUAGCUUUUAGCCAUGACCUCUAAAUAUAUCUCAAGAAGUUUGGUUAUAGUCUCCCUUCUAAUAUCUCUGGUCCUACCAUUCACUCUUGGAGGGAUAGAAUGUGAGAAUCUAAGCACAGAAACAUGUUCAUUUGCUGUUUCAUCUAGCAGCAAAAGAUGCGUCCUCGAGAAACACGUGAAAAGAACCGGAGAAGAAGCAUACACAUGCAAAACAUCAGAUAUAGAAGCUGAUAAACUAAAGGAUCACAUUGAGAGCGAUCAAUGUAUAAAAGCUUGUGAUUUAGACAGAAAAUCACUUGGAAUUUCAUCAGACUCACUUCUGGAAUCACGUUUCACAGAGAAGUUAUGUUCUCCACAGUGUUACCAGAGUUGUCCAAAUAUUGUUGAUCUUUACUUCAAUCUUGCAGCUGGUGAAGGUGUGUUUCUUCCUAAGUUGUGUGAGGUGGAAGGUGGAAAUGCUCGUCGUGGAAUGGCGGAAUCGAAAAGCUCUGGUUAUGUUGCACCAGGACCUGUGCAUUCAGUGGAGUUUGCAGCUUCAUCUCCACAGCCAAUAGGGUAUGUGGAGUUUGCAGAAGAACCUGUGGUUGCUCCAUCAUAUCCACCAUACUAAAUGUAUUAGUUUAAGAAAUUUAGAUAAAAAAGAAAUAAAGAGUACUACUAUAUAUUUAGUUUGUACCACUAAUAAUGAAGUUUGUACCUACGUAGAAGUGUUUUGAAAUAUCGCUAUAUGGGUAUGGACAAAAGUAAUAUAUAUGAAGCUGCAAGAGGCAUUUUUUGUGUGUGUUUUGGAUACAAAUGGAUGAAGAUGAAUAAUUUGUGUUGUUUA